UAACUCCUUACCCAGCAAAGCAUUCCGAUCAACUUACCACCCGAUUUCGAUGUGAUCCCAUGGAUAGCGAGGCAUUUACUAGACAGAGAUUCGAUGGCGGAUGAGGAUCUCCUACACAGGAUUCACGCAUUGGAGGACUUGGAUCUAGCCGCGCUUCUAUGUCUUGUCAGUCGCGAACACUGCAUCGUCAGCACCGAACCAGAAGAGCUCGACACUUUGGUCCAAGAGCUGCGGCUCGUCGCUUCGCAGACCUUCAAUCUGUCAUCCGCGCUCGUAGAUUGUACACCGCAUACCACUCUCGACGACCUCGCUGCCUCUAUCCAGCUUCGCCCAGCUACGCCACCGCCGCAGCUCUACCCCCCAACUCCGCGCACUCCAUCAGUCUCCCCCCUUCGACGCCGAGGAACCGAUGCGUCCUACUUCCACGGCAGAACCGCGACUCCCACCACCCCGAGGAACCAGAAUCCAUUUACGGGGACACCGCCGCAGAUCGCCAACGUGAUUCUAGCAAAGAAUCUCGACCGAGCUCCUAAGGACGUCCAAAUCCAAUGUCUAGAACUUCUACGGACUAGGCGGAUCCUAACGCGCACCAGCGUGCAGACGGCACCUAAGCAGUUCCUGUUUGUGGCCGUGCUCGAGUCCGCGGGUGCGGGUCGGCUCGUGUCUCACCUCAACGACUUCUUCUAUGUUUCGCACUGGCACGAUCCCGAGGAUGGCUUUGCGCAUUUAGAAGAGGAGGAAGAAUAUAGAAAAGGAGGGGAGACGGCCAGUCUGGAUAGUGCCUCGAGCGUAGUUCGGCGGAACACCGCGGACUCGAUGAUGUCCGCUCCCGUACUUACAUCUACGCCUCGUGCAAAUCCGAGUCGUAGCAGCGCGACCUACGUAAAUCGGGAAGAUCAAAUCACCGCGGACCAAAUAUCCCUCUCUAGCUCACGCGCGCCUUCAUUCGCGUUCCCAUCUAUCAGCGAGUCUGAUAUCGCAACCCUGGCGCUUCAGGCGCGGCAGGUCAAUCAGGAUAUUGAGGUGCUGCGGUAUCAGAUGAACAUCGUGUCCUUUAUACGCAUGCAUCGAGCCGUUGCGCCAGGCGGAGGCGGCGCAACACCUGUAGCUACCAAACACCUCGAUCAGCUGGCUAAGUGCCUCGCUGCGCUGCACGGCCUCGACUACGUUACCCCGUCUCUGGUUGGGCUUGCGGUUAAGAAGAUAUACCCGCAUCGCAUUCGGAUUGCGGCCCCGGGGCAGGAACGCAGCAUGCAAUGGGGUAGUGAUCUUGGGGCUAUCGAGGCACUGCUGGAGGGUAUGGACGCGGAGUAUGUGAUAGAGGAUGUAUUGAGCAUGGUUGAGGCACCGUUAUAGAUAGGUUAGUUAUAGAUAGAUUAUGAUACCCAGGGUUAAGUCAUAGUUACAUAGAACAUAACAAUAGAAGUA